UUGUUGGGUUUAGGGUUUCCAGAGCUGUGAAUACUAUUGUUGUUUGCAGGAAAGAUGUGGCUCUCCAAAAGUUUAAGGUUUUCACUUUUUCCUACCCAUACCAAGCUUCCUCCUUUUCUUCCAAUCCUCACUUCACACUUCUGUGCUAGCUCUCGUUCCCAAACCUGCUUACACGACGAAGCCAUCUCACGAUUCAAUAGCUUGCUUCAUAUGCGCCACGUUCCUCCCAUUUUCGAAUUUGGAAAGAUUUUGGGAUUGCUUGUGAAGAUGAAGCGUUAUACUACUGCUGUCUCUCUCAUUAAGCAAAUGGAGUUCAAGGGAAUUCUCUGUAACCUUGCUAAUCUCAGCCUCCUCAUGAAUUGUUUCUUUCACUUAGACCAAUUGGCCUUCGCUUUCUCUGUAUUUGCCAAGACUCUCAAACGGGGUUAUCAUCCAGAUGUCAUAACUUUAACUACGCUCAUCAGAGGUCUCUGUGAUAAGGGUGAGGUCGAAAAAGCACUCAUCCUUCACGACAAAAUAGUAACACUAGGAUUUCGGCUUGACGAAUUUGCUUACGCGACUCUGAUGAAUGGAUUGUGCAAAAUAGGAGAAACUAAAGCUGCCAUCAAAUUGUUCAGAAUGAUUGAAGGUCGAUCAAGAGUAACUUACAAUAUAAUUAUUGACGGUUUAUUCAAAGAUAAAUAUACAAAAGAAGCUUAUGAUUUAUAUUCUGAAAUGGUUGUCAAUGGAAUUUCUCCUGAUGUUGUUACCUAUAAUACUCUAGUUUAUGGCUUUUGCUUAGUGAAUCAGUUAGAAGAAGCUUUUGGUUUCAUCAAUGAAAUGCUAUCAAAUAGCAUCAUGCCAAAUGUUUAUACCUAUAAUAUAUUGAUUGAUGCAUUAUGUAAGCAAGGAAAGCUAAGAGAAGCCAAAAAUGUGUUGGGUGUGAUGGUGAAAGCUUAUGUGAAACCUAAUCAUUUUAGCUUUAAUGCUUUAAUGAAUGGGUAUUGCUUAGUUAACCAAGUGAAGAAUGCAAAACAAUUAUUCAAUGCAAUGACCCAGAUGAGAGUGAGUCCUAACGUUCGUAGCUACACUAUAAUGAUAAAUGGACUCAUAAAGAACGAUAGGAUGGAUGAGGCUAUAAAUCUUUUUCAGGAAAUACAACAGAAGAAUAUGGUUCCUGAUACAGUAACUUACACUACUCUUAUUGAUGGAUUUUGCAAAUAUGGAAGAAUAACUUAUGUUUGGGAUCUUAUAGAUGAUAUGCAUAAUAGAAAUCAACAACCAAACACAAUCACUUACAAUUGUUUGUUAGAUGCUUUAUGCAAAAGCUAUAAUCUAGACAAGGCAUUUGAAUUAUACAACACAAUGAUGGAAAAUGGAAUUCAGCCUAAUAAAUACACUUGGAACAUACUUCUUGAUGGAAUGUGCAAAGGGGGAAAACUUGAGAAGGCACAAGAGAUCUUUAAAGAUCUUUUAAUUAAAGGCUACCCUUUAGAUGUAUGUAGUUAUAAUACUAUGAUCAAUGGUCUUUGUAAAAAGGGUUUUCUUGAUGAGGCAUUGACCUUAUGGUCCAAAAUGGAAGACAAUGGUUGCUUGCCUAAUGUAAUAACUUUCAAAAUAAUGAGUAGGGCUCUAUUUGAAAAGGAUGAGAUUGAUAAGGCAGAGGCAUUUCUUUGUGAGAUGGUGUCUAGAGGCUUGUUGUAAUAUAAAAGGUAAAACAUCAUUUACUAGCGUAUUAUCUUCUUGCAACUUACUUUCCAUGCCGCAUAUUGGACGUGGAGUUGAUAUAAUUUUUUUUUAUUUUUUUUAUUUUGUACCUUGCAUUUUUGAUUGCUAUAGAACUUCUGUUUUCUUUGACAUUGCAUUUUUAUUGUAGAAUUUGUUUAACAUAGGGGUUGAAAUGAAUGAUUUCAUUGUCUUUCUAUACCAAAAUGGUGACAUCCCUCACUAUGUCUAAAAUCUUGAUGGCUUUUUUAUUUUUAACCGUUUGAUAUUCCUCAUUCACGUUCAUCAGAGCCCAAAUAUGUUUUUUCUUUACGGCUUUCAUUAUUGUAGAAAUCACAUUAUCAUAAAGAAAUAUAGUUUAAGUGUGCAAGGAAAUAAGUUUGGGGGACGAGGAAGAAAAACAGUGGAUUUACUUGGGACAACUCCAAUCCCCAUGAUAAUAGAUAAUGCACAGCUAUUGAUCAUGUGGUGGGGAAAUUGUUGGGCAAAAGUUUCAAGUUCAUUUUACUUCUAGAGGUUAUCUACCACAUAAUAACAUCAGUAAAGAAGCGUAUUAUCAUACUAUAUUACUUCAUUGAUAUUUUGAUGUAACUCAUUACAAGUUUUCUAUUAUUUAAAUAAGCUUCAAUCUAGUGAAAUGAGGGGCCAUUGAUAAAUCAGUGAAAUCCAAUAAUAUGCUCUUUGUUUACAAAAUAAUCAGUCUUGCUACUUAAAUAUUGCUGCUGUUAAACAGAGAAAUGUUAACACAAUAUUGAUCUUUGGCAUGUAGGAUCAGAAAAGCUAUCUACUGGGAGAUUGAACAUAAUGAAAUGCAAAUAUUAUUUUAUUCAUACUAGCAAAGAUUUUAUUUUUAAUAAUACAUGCCAUCUUGCUAAACAGAAGACUUUCUUUCUCUGCUAGUAAUUUUCAUGCUAGAAAUUGUUUUGAUCUCAUACAUGUGGAUAUUUACCGACCAUGUUCUAGCAUUUCUAUAAAUGGAUACUGAUAUUUUUUUUACUCUUGUUGGUGAUCAUACUGGUUUUACCUUGUUUGAUCAAUUUUAUUGAGUAUGAAAAAACUCAGUUUCAGAAAAUUGUUAAGUGUUUUAGAACUAAUAAUGAUUUGGAAUUUAAGACGAGUGAUUACUUGGUUCUAAAGGUAUUAUAUAUCAAACUACUUCUAUUGAAACGUCAAAACAAAAUGCUCUUGUUGAACAGAAACACCAACAUAUUCUAAAUCUUAUUAGAUUUGCUUUUUCAAGCUAAUCUUUCUUAUUAAUUCUGGAGCUUUGUUGUUAUUCAUGCUGUUUUCUUGAUAAACUAUAUUCCUACACCUUUCCUUGAUAGUAUCUCGCCUUUUGAGAAGUUAUAUGACAAGCUAAGUGAUAUUGUUAAUAUUAAGGUGUUUGAAUGUCUUUGCUAUAUAAAUAACAUAAAAACUCAGAGAAAGAAACUUGAUCCUAUAGCUAGCCCUAGUAUUUUUUUGGGACAUAAAGAACACUAAAGGAUAGCUUGUCACAGUAUAAAAGUUUCCAGAAAUGUUAAUGAUAAGUCUCCAUUUGUUCAUAUUUUUCUAGACUAACUGUACUUUCUUGGGAUUUCUUUUGCUUUUAUUUCUUUAUUUUAGGACAGAUUAGGUUUUUCUUCAAUAAAUUGUAGUUUUUCUAAAUCUUUGUUAAUUUGGCAUUCUUAGUUAGACUUUUGUUAGAAUUUUAUACUUGCUUGAUUUUAAGAUUUUUAGAAAAAAAAAAAAGAAAAGAAGGAAGAGGUGCAGCCAUGAAGAAUCUUUGGAGUCAAAUUCAGAUGUUGACAGCAGCUGUGGAGCUGAAUAAACUUGCAACUUGCUGCUGCCAAGUCAAAGAGAAAGAAACACUUUGAGUUCAAGCAAUGUAACCUGCUCUGACCUGUUGGAUUAGAGCUGAAUAAAGGAGCUUGAAGAAUCAAUUUACCUGCUCACCUGCUAAUUGAAGUACUUGUAGGAUUAAUUAGUGGUAGUUUAGUUGAACCAAGUGUAAUCAUUGAUUUCUUACCUGUUGCAAACUGUUUUCCAAUUUUCAAAUAUUUGUGUCAGCCUAUAUAAGGCUUAUUUUCUGGACAGUUUUAACGUUUUUUUUUUUACAAUUAGUAUUAGUUAGUUUAGUUUUAGAGGGAGAAGCAGCUUUAGUUUUUGUUUUCUUUCAAGAUCUGCACAAUUUAAUUUCUGUCCAUUGGCUCCAAAUUUCGUUUGGCAUUUC